AUGGAUUAUUCAAAUAGAACUGAUAAACCUGCUUGGGAUGCUCCUGACAGGAAUGAUAAAGAUGAUGACGGGUCAGUAUGGACACCGGAAAUAAUUACUAGGGUGUCAACCGUAUUUACAGUAAUGAUAUUCACGUUGAUUGGAAAUAUACUGUUAAUCACAUUGAUUCUUCACAAGAAAAGUAGGAGAAGAAAACGUGUUAACAUAUUCAUUAUUAACCUUGCUAUUGGAGAUUUAGCGAUUGCUGCGAUUACCAUGACAACAGAGAUUUUAUUUGUGGCGUUUGGAGAAUGGGUAUUGGGUCCUUUCAUGUGUAAGAUGAGUGUUUACCUUCAGGUUGUUACUCUAGCUAGUUCCACAUUUCUCCUUACAGGAAUGAGCAUAGAUAGAUAUCAGGUCAUUGUCCGUCCAAUGCAGUCUCUUGCCAUGAGACCAAAAAUCUGGAGAAAGGUUGUGAUUGCAUGGCUCAUGGCCUUUUGUUUUGCAUUGCCUCAGCUGGCAAUAUUUGUUCACGUUGAACAACAAGUUGCAAAUACAACGAACGUCAAGAGAAUGUGUUUAAGUAAGGGGUAUAGUGCACCAUGGCAGCGCAAAUUUUAUUUUGGUUUUUUGACAUUAUACACACUCUUUGUUCCAGCGAUUAUUAUGUCAUAUUGUUAUUACAAAAUUGCACAAGUUGUUUGGAGUAGAGUUGGGUCCCAUAAAAAUGGUAUAUCAUCGACGCAUUCAAGGGGGUUAUCGAUACAACGUUCUCUUGUGUCUAGGCCAAAACAACGAGUAGUGACCAUGACGCUAACUGUUAUCAUAGGAUUUUUGUCAACACUUACACCUUACUUCACAAUAUCGCUCAUUAGGAUCUAUAGCGAUUAUACUAUUCAGCUGAAAAAAGCCUUAGACAUUUCAGAGAUCAUUUUGAUGAUGCAUUCCGCCAUCAAUCCUGUACUAUACGGCAUUUUCACAUUUCGAUUGCAUCAUUUAAAAUCACUCUGUAGAGCUUCUUCUGACAGAAACAGAUUAAGACCUAAUUCAACUAAAUCAUGUAAAACGGAAGUCCGCGGGUGCUUAAAGCUUAAAUGUCAAAUCAAAUUUGUAAAAAGGCGGAGUAGAUAUUACGAUACAAGUACUAUUAUUGCAAAUCAUGUUAUAAAAGAAGAAAGAGAAAAUUUUGCUCGAUCAGUUAGAAAUUCUCGCAACAAUAAAUGUAAUUACGAAGGAUUAAUGGCAACAAGAAUAAAUAAAUCCGAAAAAAGUGUCCAAGUCAGCGAAUCGAUAUUAUUUCGAAACUCUGUUUUCAUUGACGAUUUGAAUGAACAUUGCUCGAACCUUUAG